UCAGGUUCUAGUCUUCAGGUUUUCAGGUUCUGUUCCUCAGGUUCUAUCAAAACGUCUUUUUCUUUUCGCGCGGCUCCACAUCACAAACACCCGCCUGAACUGAUUACGUCAUCAGAGCUCGCCGGGUGGAACCAUUUCUUCGGACCUGUGGGGGGGAACCGUCUUCGGUUUCAGACUAAAUUCGUGUCUGUCCGUUGCGUCAUGCGCACGUACAUUCAUCUGAUUGUUUAAUAUUUAACAUUAGGAAGAUGACGUAACUGUUCUGACAACAUCUACAAAGUUUCGUCGUCCAUUAAAAAAAAAAAUCCCCGUACGACCUCAGGGCCUCGUGACGUCACUGCGUUGCGCCACAGGAAGAAAACAAACAAGGAGCAGAAACAGAUCAGUGAUCGAUUAUCGGUUUUUCACCAAUCUGCGGUAAAACACGCGGUUAUUUUAGGUGAGUGUGACGCGGGAACAACAUGAGUUUAAGCGGGAAGAUGAAGUUAACGACACGAGCGACCCCGUGUGUCUGAUCAGAGUAAAUCUGUCGGUUUGAGUUGACCUGUUCACCAUGAGCUCCCGGGUGUGCAGGACCUGCGGGGGGGCGGAUGUAGAUGUGGACCAGGCGCGGGGCAGCGCUGUGUGUACCAACUGUGGCUCGGUUCUGGAGGACAACAUCAUCGUCUCUGAGGUUCAGUUUGUUGAGGGAAGUGGAGGCGUCUCGUCUGCUGUGGGACAGUUCGUCUCUGCUGACGGUCCAGUUAAAGCCCCUCUUCUUGGUUCUGGUUUCCACACCAGUGUUGGUAAAGAGUCCAGAGCCCAGACUCUGCAGAGUGGUAAGCGUCAGAUCCAGCAGUUGGGUAGUCAGUUGCAGUUGAACCAGCACUGUUUGGACACGGCCUUCAACUUCUUCAAGAUGGUCGUCAGUAAACACCUGACUCGAGGACGCAAGAUGGAGCACGUCAUCGCUGCGUGUCUCUACCUGGUGUGUCGCACCGAGGGGACACCACACAUGCUGCUGGACCUGAGUGACCUGCUGCAGGUCAACAUUUACAUCCUGGGAAAGACGUUCCUGCUGCUCGCUCGUGAGCUCUGCAUCAACGCUCCAGCAAUCGAUCCUUGUCUCUACAUCCCUCGUUUUGCUCACAUGUUGGAGUUCGGGGUGAAGACUCAUGAAGUUUCCAUGACGGCUCUUCGUCUGGUUCAGAGGAUGAAGAGGGACUGGAUGCACACGGGACGGCGACCGUCCGGCCUCUGUGGAGCAGCUCUCCUGGUCGCAGCUCGGAUGCAUAAGUUUCGUCGAACGGUGAAGGAUGUGAUCAGUGUGGUGAAGGUCUGUCAGACCACUCUGAGGAAGAGGUUGACAGAGUUUGAGGACACGCCCACCAGUCAGCUGACCAUCGAUGAGUUCAUGAGAGUAGAUCUGGAGCAGGAAUGUGAUCCACCCUCCUUCACCGCCGGACAGCACAAGGCCAAGAUGCAGCAGCUGGAACAGGAACUGACCAAGAAGCUGGACGAGGUGGAAGGAGAGAUCAGCUGCUACAAAGACGAGAUUGAGACAGAGCUGGAGAAGAGUCGACCCAAACUGAGAGGAAUCUACACUGCCUACGCCAAAGAGAUCGACCCAGAAGAAGCCGAGGGAUUUUCCAUGACCUCUGAACCAGAAGAGCCGGAGGUGGAAGAUGCCGAGCUCCAAGCUGCCACACAGCAUCUGACCCAGGACUACCUGUGUCAGGUGAUCCAGGAGGAGGAGGGGCGGGACAAAAGAACAGGAGACAGCAAGCAAGAGGCUGGGCCAGAGAAAGAUGGUGUGGGGCCUCAGCGCCAAGUCCCGCCUCUGGCCGUCAUCCUGGGGAAGCUGACGAGCUCCUGCAGCCUCGACCUCCAACAAACACUCCAGAACUGCAACGAGUCCGAGGCGGGACAGAAACCUGAUGGUGAUCAGUCAGAGAGCGGAGUGCUGGACCUGGAAGGCAUUGACGAUCAGGAGAUUGAAAAGUACAUUCUGAACGAUAAGGAGGUUCAGGUCAAGACAGAGCUGUGGAUGAAACAGAACGCAGAGUACCUGAAAGAGCAGAAAGAAAAAGAGGAGAAGAUAAAGAAAGAGAAAGAACAGGGGACAUAUAAAGAGAAGAAGAAGAAGAGAUGCAAGAAGGGCGAGCAGAUCGAGGCAUUGACAGCAGGCGAGGCGAUCGAGAAGAUGUUAGAGAAGAAGAAGAUCUCCAGUAAGAUCAAUUACGACGUUCUCCGAGACCUGAACACGAGAGGGACGGGAAGUGGGGGGGGCAGCAGUCCCAGCAGAGCUGCCUCUGACCCCCCCGACCCCCCCAACUCUCAAACACGGAAACGACUCACCCGCCGCCGCCACAGGACCACUGAGGCUAACCAAGACCUUGCUGCUAACGCUAGCAUCAUGAGAAAGAGGUUUCGUCGCCUUAUUUCCUCUACAACGAAGAAGAAGAAGACGACGACGACGACGACGACUGUGUCUGGGGUAGCAAACUCUGUCACCAUGACGACACAAGCAACAACAGAGACGGCAGCUGAAGUGACCCCUGACCCACAGCCCAGCCCCCCCCCUACAGAUGCCCCUCCCACUGUGGAGGAGGAAGAGGACGGGGAGGAGGAGUGUGUCAGCGCUCUGAAGCUCGUUGGAGAUUACGGCUGUGAGGAUGAGGAGGUUUUUUAGCUCCAUCACUCGGACCUUUAUCCGUCGAACUCUCCGUCCGGGUGGUUUGUGGAUGUGAGACCGAGGCAGCAGUAGAGGGCAGUAAUGCACCUUGACGUUGGUUUCCACCCACCAAUAAACUAGAGAAAGAGAGCAGAGGCAGCUCAAUGGAUCAAUGUCACAAAUCAUUUUAAAUGAAACAAGACAAACGUCUGUGCACUGUUUGAUGUUUAGAAUCUGUGUUAUUGAUCAGUGAUUGGUUUGGUAUCAAUGCUCCUUGUUACAAAGUCCACUUUUAUGUCUGUGAAUAUGAAGACCAAUCUUUUAAACUGCAUUUGAAAACCUUCACUUUCAUGUACUGAGGAUUUUCAUGUUUCUUUGUCUGAUCUGUCGUUGUUUUGUAUAUUUUAGAUUGAACUUUGUCUUUUAUUGUUCAGAUAUUAAAAUGAAACUGAAACAACAACAUUCCUUCAGAAUAAAGUGAAUCUGAUAAA